AUGGUUCCUGGGCACUACGGAGUGACCCGUGCCAUGAUCGAGGCCGAGGGCAAGUACGUUCUCAAUGACGGAAUGGUGGCGGUGGUGCAACACAAUGCCGGAAUGCUACCGACACCGGGGCCGGAGGAAGAGCACGGAAGUUUUCCCUGGAGGUCAAGCUGGACAAUAGCCGUGGAUGGCUCCUGGCAGUGUCUUGAAGACGAAGUACGAUGGCAAGAGCUACCAGCUUCAGGACGACCUCUACAAGUACCAGGCAACGUCGUGACGAUUUACCGGAAGCGGCUGGAUGGAAGGAAGGAGAAGCGGGCCAAUCACUUUCCCGGCAUGGGUCAAGUGACGCUGCAGCGCAUGGUCAUGAGGGCCCAUGAAGGCCUCGGACAUCCGGAGCCCGGCCGGAAACUUAUGAUCGACCUCGGCGGGGAGUUCAAGGCGGAGUUCAGGAAGCAGGUGGAGAAUGACGGCUCGGAGGUCAUUCCAGGUCCGUUAGAGGCCCCGACCCAACGAGGCCUCACCGAACGAGCUGGAGGCGUUUUCAAGGACAUCCUCUACAAGGCCAUGGCGACCUACGGAUGUGAAAGCUGGCGGGAGUGGAAAGAGUUGGUGGAC